ACUGAACUCACGACCACCAUCAUCAGUCACCACAACCACAGGGAGUGCAAAUUAUUAAGACAAAACAAAAAGGGAAAAUCCCAAAAGACCACAGUGGGAGCUGUUCAACAGUUUAGUUAGGAGCUGGCUUUCAGUCCAAAGCGAGCCAUGGCGGAGCUCAGGCACUCGAGCUCGCUCGGGGCCCGAGCCUCCAACUCUCCAAUGAAGAGAGACGACGACGCGUCGCCUAUCCUCCACGACAAUGCUGCGGAUGACGAUGAUCACCACCACGCUCGUCAUCACUUUUCUAGAGAUCGUGACCGUCCAUUUUGGUCUAAUCUCCCAUUCUGUGGUGAAGAUCUUAGGUUUUCUCCUCAGAACUCCAGGAUCUCGUUAAUUUUGGUCGCUCUUAUUGUUCUUGCUGGAUUGACCUCGCUUUUCUCGAUCUUCCAUCGAUUAAAUGCUCCAUACUUGUGUAAAAAGGAUGGCAUUGUUCUUCAUUGUCCAUAUGUCAAGGAACCUGCUUCUCUUUGGGAGAAUCCAUAUUCUGCAACAAUCUCUUGGAAGCCUUGUGCCGAGCGUCGUGAUAGUGGAAUAUCAGAUCUUCCUCCAGAGAAUGAAACAAGUGGCUACAUAUUUAUUCAUGCUGAGGGUGGUUUGAAUCAGCAAAGGAUUGCUAUAUGCAAUGCGGUGGCUGUGGCCAAAAUAAUGAAUGCGACCCUUAUUUUGCCUGUGCUGAAGCAAGACCAGAUUUGGAAAGACCAAACGAAAUUUGAAGACAUUUUUGAUGUUGAUCAUUUCAUUGACUAUUUAAAGGAUGAUGUGCGAAUUGUUCGUGAUAUUCCCGAGUGGUUUACUGACAAAUCGGAAUUAUUCUCAAGCAUAAGACGAACAGUGAAAAACAUUCCAAAAUAUGCACCUGCUCAAUUCUAUAUUGAUAAUGUGCUACCUCGAAUCAAGGAGAAGAAGAUAAUGGCCCUAAAGCCUUUUGUUGAUCGGCUUGGGUACGAUAAUGUUCCUCCAGAAAUCAACAGGCUAAGGUGCAGGGUGAAUUAUCACGCCCUGAAAUUUCUUCCUGAGAUAGAGCAGAUGGCCGAUUUGCUGGUGUCAAGGAUGCGAAACCGCACAGGAAGUUCAAAUCCGUACAUGGCCCUCCAUCUUAGAUUUGAGAAAGGCAUGGUGGGUUUAUCAUUCUGUGAUUUCGUGGGAACAAGAGAGGAGAAAGCAAGAAUGGCAGAAUACAGAAAGAAAGAAUGGCCUCGACGGUAUAAGAAUGGUUCUCAUCUAUGGCAGUUGGCCCUGCAAAAGCGGAAGGAAGGACGCUGCCCUCUUGAACCUGGUGAAGUGGCAGUGAUUCUUCGGGCAAUGGGUUAUCCUAAGGAAACUCAGAUAUAUGUAGCUUCUGGCCAGGUUUAUGGUGGACAAAAUCGGAUGGCUCCUCUGAGGAAUAUGUUCCCAAAUCUGGUAACAAAGGAGGAGUUGGCUACCAAGGAAGAGUUGGAUGGUUUCAGAAAGCAUGUGACAAGUUUGGCAGCCCUUGAUUUCUUGGUUUGCCUCAAAUCCGAUGUUUUUGUGAUGACCCAUGGAGGUAACUUUGCGAAAUUGAUCAUAGGAGCACGCAGGUACAUGGGUCAUCGUCACAAAUCCAUAAAACCAGACAAGGGAUUAAUGUCCAAGUCUUUUGGAGACCCUUACAUGGGAUGGGCUAACUUUGUAGAAGAUGUGAUCGUUACCCACCAAACCCGAACUGGGUUGCCUGAGGAUACCUUCCCUAACUAUGACCUUUGGGAAAACCCUCUAACUCCUUGCAUGUGUAGAGCUUGACCACAUGGAUUGCUAGCUAGAACCUUCACCACUAAUUUAUUUUGAGGAUUCUGUUUGUAAAGAAGCUGCAUGUCAUUGUUGAGAAACUGAAUUCUGGCACCUAGAAAGAAGAAAUUUGAACAAAAUGGUUGGUAGUUAUGAGAAGAACGAAUAUGAUAUGCAUUAACAGGUGAUGGCUUGCUGGAGGAGGAUGGUGGCAAUUAUCGUAUGGAGUUUGAUGUGUAACCUUCUGUAGCAAUUUUUGCUGGGUCCUUCAGCAAUUUUGUCUCUAAAACAAUAGAUAAGUCAAAAGCAGUCGUGUUAAAGACAAAUUGAUAAUUUUUUGUAUCAGUUUGAAACUGUAAAUUACUAGUUGAAAUGUGGAAUUUUUUUUUUUUUUUUU